GAGCGGCCGAGGAGGCGGGGGUUUCCCGGGGACCCGCGGGGCUCCGCCCCCACGACUCCCCUGCGGGGCGGGGCCGGCGCGCGCGGGCGCGGGACCGGGGCAGGCCCGCGUGUGCGGGUGGCGCGCCCAGGGCCAUGGAGCCACCGCCCAGGGUCUGCGCGGCGCUGGCGGCGGUGAGUGAGGGGGUCCCCGCUGGCGGGUUAGCCGGGCCGGGGUCGGGCCGGGCCGUCGCUCCGACCCGCUGGCGGUGCCCGGAGGCUGCGCCCUUCCUGAGAAGCCUCCUGGGCGGGCGGGGCCGCCGCCGCAGCCGAGAGGGGGUGCAGCCCGGAGCCUGGCCUGGGCCUCGGGGGGACCCUCCCGCCCACGGACCCGCGAGCACCGGGGUACAGGUGUGGGCCCUGCGCUGGGGGGGACUUGCAGGGAGAGCCCCCACCUGUCCCCCAGGCCGUGCUGUUGCUGCGUGCCCUGGGUGCUGCCAGCGCCCCCUGCAGCGACUGUGCCCACCAGAGCGGCCCCUUGAGCGAGGGCUGCCCAGCAGGGCACUUCCUGCAGCGGCCCUGCGCGCCGCCCUGUGACACCCACACCUGCACUCCGUGCCAGCCCGGCACCUACAUGGCCCAGGAGAACCACCACUACGAGCGCUGUGCCCGCUGCCGGUUCUGUGAUGAGGAAGCCUUGCAGAUGACUGUGCGGAACUGCUCGGCCGUGGCCAACACCGUCUGUGGCUGUAAACCCGGCUUGUUCCCGAGCUGCUGGGACCAUGGCUGUGUUGACCCGGGGGAGCAUCUCCUCUGCAGUCCCUGUGCAGACUGUGGGACCCUGAACCGCCGCCCGCUGGCAGCCUGUGAAGACCCCCUGGACGCCGCCCCGCCCCGCUGGCCGCCCCCCACUCCGGGUCCCCCGCGCCAUCUGUUGCCUGCAGUCUCCCAAGGACAGGAGGAGUGCGGGGGCUGCCUGGACGGCUUCUACGAACACGAUAAGGAAUGCGUGUCCUGCCCCAAGAUCACCCUGGGGAGCUGUCCCAAACCCUGUGCGUCGGUGUGUGGCUGGAGGCAGAUGUUCUGGGUCCAGGUGCUCCUGGCAGUGCUGGUGGUCCCACUCCUGCUUGGCGCCCCCUUGAUCUACACGUACCAUCGCUGCCACGCUGCCGGCCGCGUGGAGUCCGCAGAGGAAGCCCGGACGGAGGCGCUGCUGCCCCCCCAGGACAGUGCCCACUCCCUCCCGCCGCUCCCCAGCGGCCCCCUGGCCGCCAACAGCUGGAUGCCCGGCCCCUUCCAGGCCCCGGAGGCGCCCUGCCCUGCCGACCCUUGGGUCAAGAACUGGCUGCCCAGCCCGGCUCUCGGCCCGCCGCCCGCGCCCGCCGCGGGCCGGGAGGCCGCCGUGCUCCAGCCGGGCCCGCAGCUGUACGACGUGAUCGACGCGGUGCCCGCGCGUUGCUGGAAGGAGUUCGUGCGCACGCUGGGGCUGCGCGAGGCCGAGAUCGAGGCGGUGGAGGUGGAGGUGGACCGCUUCCGCGACCAGCAGUAUGAGAUGCUCAAGCGCUGGCGCCAGCAGGAGUCGGCGGGGCUGGACGCCGUGUACCGGGCGCUGGAGCGCAUGGGGCUGCACGGCUGCGCCGAGAGCCUGCGCGAGCGCCUGCAGCGCGGCGCGUGACCCGGGUGCCGGGUGGGCGGCCCGGCAGAGCCUUAAGUACCGUUACUUACGCACGUAGACAUGUUAUGUCGCUUAGGAAGCCCCCGGCACUGCCCUGCGUAGCAGCGGCCCGCCAGCCCCAGCCCCAGCCCCGCCCCCGCUGGGGUGCAUGGGGGCGGCGGCGCGGGGGUAGGGCGCGAGCCCCGCGCCCCUCUAGGUCCCACCGAGGCCAUAUUAAAACAUAUGA